AUGUGCUACUUUGAGAUGACGCUCUGGAGCUGCGGCUACUGGCGCUGGGGCCACUUUCGUCAACAAUGCAACAAGGAAUACCGCAUGGGCGAGACGUGCGGCCUCAAGCUAGUGUAUGACACGAAACGGGAACCGGAUAUCUGCAAGCUGUGCCACGACAUUGAGAAGAAGCAGCGACGCUACGACAAGAUGGCCCGCGACGUCGAGCGCUGGCAGCGCGAGGGCAACCGUAGGGCCACGAUUGAGCGGACGUGUGGAGAAAUGCGAGAAGUGGCGGACCAAAUUUACCGCAUGAGAGAGGAGCAUUAUCAGAGAACCUCCUCACUCGGCCAGUGA